AGGAACCCAAGCUCUCUUGCACUUUAUUCUCUUCAAAUUCGAUACUUUGCCCUGUACCCUGAACGAGGUUUUUGUUUCAAUAGAGAGCCAACUCAAAGGAAAAAAAAAACAGUCUUUCUCUUUCUUUCUUUCUCUCUUUUAUGUGUCCUACAUUGUCUUGUUCUAACCUCAGAAUCUCUUAGUCUUACUUCCACGCUUCAGUUGUUGUCCCUCUCUGUUCGUUUCCGUUUCAAUUCUCCUUCAGUUUUUCUUUUCUGUUUCUGUUCUUUUUCUCUUCCUUUCUUUUUCCUCUGUUUCUCUCCUAGACUUCCAGCAGAAAAGAGUUAUAAGUGAAAGACCAAAUAAGAAAACGAAAUGCCCAACUGGGUAUUUUUGGUUUUCACUUUGUUAAAAAUAAAAUAGUAAUGCAGAUUAAAAACUGGAACUUCCUUUGUUCCCUCGCCUAUUUUCUCUUCAUUACCUGAGGGAACAGAGGACUACCCAACUCUUCCGCCUCUGCUAUCAGCUAUCAUUCAAAAUUACCCCACUUUUCUCCCAUUAUUUUCCGCACAGAACUCGAACUUCCUCUCCCUGAAAAGCCGUGUUUUCAAGAUUGUUUCUUGUAUUUUUCUAUUUGUCUUUAUUUACAUUUUAUCAAAGGCAAAAACAUCUUAGAAUAUCAAGUGAUAGUUGAGCCAAAAGAAGCAACUUCACAAAAUCAUAAUUAUCGCUUUCAAAUCUGGAUAGGCUAUAUGAAAACUGUGAAACAAUGAGAGAUGGGAACUCCAAGAAGAGCAAGCUUUCAUGGCCCAAGACGUUGGUCAAGAAGUGGUUCAAUAUCAAGAGCAAAGCUGACGACUUUCAUGCUGAUGAUGUUGAUUAUCAAGGUGUUGAUGAAGAUUGGAGGCACAACUUCUCAGAGAGGGAGGCAUGCACUAUCAAGAAAAGUAAAACAGAGAGAUUGAGCAAGAGGUAUUCUGAUCGAGUUCGACGAAGCAAGAUUGAUCUUGAUGGUUCGCAAGUUACAGAUGUGCAUAGUUAUAGGAUUUUUGUAGCUACUUGGAAUGUGGCCGGAAAAUCUCCUCCUAGUUAUUUGAAUCUUGAAGAUUGGCUUCAUACCUCUCCUCCAGCUGACAUUUAUGUACUUGGGUUUCAAGAAAUUGUUCCUUUAAAUGCUGGUAAUGUUUUGGGCACUGAAGACAAUGGACCGGCCAGGAAAUGGCUAGCUCUCAUUAGGAAGACUUUGAAUAGUCUUCCUGGCACCAGUGGUGGUUGCCUCACACCUUCACCAAUCCCUGAUCCGCUUGUAGAACUGGAUGCAGACUUUGAAGGAUCAACAAGGCAGAAAGCUUCAUCUUUCUUUCACCGCCGAUCAUUUCAAUCCUUGAGUCGGAGCAUGAGAAUGGAUAAUGACAUGGUAAUGCCACAACCCCGGCUUGAUCGCCGCUUCAGUGUCUGUGAUCGUGUUAUCUUUGGGCAUAGACCAAGUGAUUAUGACCCUAAUUUCAGAUGGGGUUCCUCUGAUGACGAGACUGGACCUGGGGAUUCACCAGGUAACACUCAGUAUUCGCAAUAUUCUCCAAUGUCCUAUGGUGGAUCUUUUGCCAUGGAGGAAAGCAAUAGACAAAUGGGGCAUUCAAGGUACUGUUUGGUUGCCAGCAAGCAAAUGGUUGGGAUAUUUCUAACAGUAUGGGUGAAGAGUGAUCUUAGAGAUGAUGUUCGCAACAUGAAAGUAUCUUGUGUUGGCAGAGGAUUGAUGGGUUAUCUUGGAAACAAGGGUUCCAUUUCAAUUAGCAUGUCUUUGCAUCAAACAAGCUUUUGCUUCGUCUGUAGUCAUUUAACCUCUGGGCAAAAGGAGGGUGAUGAGCUGCGAAGAAACUCUGAUGUUAUGGAGAUCCUCAGAAAAACAAGGUUUCCCAGGGUUCAUGGUAUGGGAGAUGAGAAUUCUCCCCAAACGAUUCUAGAGCAUGAUCGUAUUAUUUGGCUUGGGGAUUUGAAUUAUCGGAUUGCUCUGUCAUAUCGUUCUGCAAAGGCUCUGGUUGAGAUGCGCAAUUGGAAGGCACUUUUAGAGAAUGACCAGCUUUGCAUAGAGCAGAGGCGAGGCCGUGUUUUUGAGGGAUGGAGUGAAGGAAAGAUUUAUUUCCCUCCUACAUACAAGUAUUCGAAUAAUUCAGACAGAUAUGCUGGGGAGGAUAGGCACCCAAAGGAGAAGCGAAGAACUCCUGCAUGGUGUGAUCGUAUACUAUGGUAUGGAAGAGGCCUCCAUCAGUUAUCUUAUGUUCGCGGGGAGUCAAAGUUCUCAGAUCAUAGGCCUGUUUAUAGUAUAUUUGCAGCAGAGGUCGAGUCUAUUAACCGUGGUCGAAUCAGGAAAAGCAUGAGUUGUUCCAGUGCCAGGAUUGAGGUUGAAGAGCUGUUGCCACACUCACAUGGAUAUACUGAACUCAGUUUCUUUUGAGAGAAUCUGUGAACAAUUCAUCUUUUGUGCUACACUUGAGGAAAAUAAAACAGGAUUAAGUACACUGAUGUAUAAGGAUAUCUUAUACAUAGAAGGUUUCAUGAAUAAAGUGCAAUUUCCUCAGGAAUUCCAACCCUGCUUUCUCUCCACAAUCUGUCAGAUGGGCACUGCCCCAUGGAAACCGCAUUGUGGAGGCGAUAAAGACAUUCUGUUGCCUACAGUCCAAAAGAAAGGUACAAAUUGUACAUUGUCAACAAUUCCUAACUCCACAAUUUUGCGGCAUACUGUUGCCUCACCGCAAAUUCCUAACUGCCAUAUUGAAAAAUCCAGCUUCAACAAGGCAUCCAUGAUCUUAACAAUUAUUUGCAGGACAAGUUGAUAGUUUGUUCAUGUCUGAAUUCGACAACAUUUUUUAGAAAUUUACAGGACAAUAAUGGAUUGCUUCACCAGCUCUCUCCACAUGAGAUUUUUUGCCUCAAUCAGAAUCCCUUUUGUAAAAUAGGGCAGGAAGAUUAUUUGUUGUUCUUUUCUCUUCUUUUUUUAUUGAAAGAAAAAACCAAGGAGAGAGAUAAUGGAAUCAAUUGUCAUUUCCUUUUGUACUAGUCUUGGGAGAUAAAAGCCUGGAGAUGUGAUGGAUACUCAUUACUAGUGGAUAAAAGAGAAGAAGUUUUGAUUUAUGUGAA